AUGGUUCCACAGGCCCAGUUCCUUCACGUGCUCCAGCAGGUCAUAGAUGGGGUUGAUGUUGGCGAGUGCCAACUCGAAGUCCUGGAUGUGGGCCUCGGUGGCGAUACUCUGAAAAACAAAGCCAAAAAGCGCCUGCAGCCCGUGGGGCUCACAGAGCCCGGAGUGGCCACCAUAGACUGCAGCCUACUGAGGACGCUCGUGCGCAGAUACUGUGCAGGAGAAGAGAACUGGGUGGACAGUCGGACCAUCUACGUGGGACAAAAGGAGCCCCCUCCGGGUGCAGAGGCCUACAUUCCACAGAGAUAUCCCGACAACAGAAUCGUCUCCUCCAAGUACACGUUCUGGAACUUCAUACCCAAGAACCUGUUUGAACAGUUCAGAAGAAUAGCCAACUUUUAUUUCCUCAUCAUCUUCCUGGUGCAGUUGAUCAUCGACACACCCACAAGUCCAGUGACAAGCGGGCUCCCACUCUUCGUCAUCACUGUCACAGCCAUCAAGCAGGGUUAUGAAGACUGGCUCUGCCACAAGGCAGACAAUGUCAUGAACCAGUGUUCCGUGCACUUCAUCCAGCAUGGCAAGCUGGUCCAGAAGCAGAGUCAGAAGCUGAGGGUUGGGGACAUCGUCAUGGUAAAGGAAGAUGAGACCUUUCCCUGUGACCUGAUCUUUCUCUCCAGCAACCGGGCAGAUGGGACCUGCCAUAUCACCACUGCCAGCUUAGAUGGACAGUCGAGCCAUAAAACUCAUUACGCAGUGCAGGACACCAAGGGCUUCCACACGGAGGAAGAUGUUGACGGGUUGGACGCCACCAUCGAGUGUGAACAGCCACAGCCCGACCUCUACAAGUUUGUGGGAUGCAUCAAUGUUUACAACGACCUGAACAAUCCUGUGGUGAGGCCAUUAGGAUCAGAAAACCUGCUGCUCAGAGGAGCCACACUCAAAAAUACAGAGAAGAUCUUUGGUGUGGCUAUCUACACGGGCAUGGAGACCAAGAUGGCCCUGAACUAUCAGUCUAAGUCCCAAAAGAGAUCUGCUGUGGAAAAGUCAAUGAAUACAUUUCUGAUCAUGUACUUCUGCAUCCUGGUGAGCAAGGCCCUGAUCAACACGGUGCUGAAGUACGUGUGGCAGAGCGAGCCCUUCCGAGAUGAGCCAUGGUACAACCAGAAGACUGAGUCAGAGCGCCAGAGGAAUCUGUUCCUCAGGGCCUUCACCGACUUCCUGGCCUUCAUGGUCCUCUUCAAUUACAUCAUCCCAGUGUCCAUGUUCGUCACAGUGGAGAUGCAGAAGUUCCUUGGUUCCUACUUCAUCACCUGGGACGAAGAUAUGUUCGAUGAGGAGAUGGGAGAAGGGCCUCUGGUCAACACAUCUGAUCUAAAUGAGGAGCUGGGACAGGUGGAGUACAUCUUCACAGACAAGACGGGCACCCUCACAGAGAACAACAUGGCCUUCAAGGAGUGCUGCAUCGAAGGCCAGGUCUAUGUCCCCCAUGUCAUCUGCAACAGGCAGGUCCUUCCCGCCUCUUCCGGCAUCGAUAUGAUCGACUCCUCCCCGGGUGUCAGCGGAAGGGAACGGGAGGAGCUGUUUUUCAGGGCUAUCUGCCUGUGCCACACCGUCCAGGUGAAGGAUGACGAUCAUGGGGAUGACGUAGACGGUCCGCGGAAAUCUCCCGACAAGUCCUGCAUGUACAUCUCAUCCUCGCCUGAUGAGGUCGCGCUGGUUGAAGGUGCGCAGAGGCUUGGUUUCACGUACCUGAGACUGAAGGUCAAUUACAUGGAAAUCCUGAACAGGGAGAAUGACAUUGAGAGAUUUGAAUUGCUAGAAGUUCUGAGUUUUGACUGUGUGCGGAGAAGAAUGAAUGUGAUUGUAAAAUCUACUACAGGAGAAAUUUUUCUGUUUUGCAAAGGAGCAGAUUCUUCAAUAUUUCCCCGAGUGAUAGAAGGCAAAGUGGACCAGGUCCGGUCCAGAGUCGAGCGCAAUGCAGUGGAGGGUUUGCGAACCCUGUGUGUUGCCUACAAGCGGCUCGAGCCAGAGGAAUAUGACGGUGUUUGCAAAGUGCUGCAGGCUGCCAAGGUGGCUCUUCAAGAUCGGGAGAAGAAGUUAGCAGAAGCCUAUGAGCAGAUCGAGAAGGACCUGAUUCUGCUCGCUGCUACCGCGGUCGAGGACCGGCUCCAGGAGAAAGCCGCCGACACAAUUGAGGCGCUUAUCAAGGUCUGGGUGCUCACUGGAGACAAGAUGGAGAUGACCUCAGCCACCUGCUACGCCUGCAAGCUCUUCCGCAGGAGCACGCAGCUGCUGGAGCUGACCACUAAACGGCCGGAGGAGCAAAGCCUGCAUGAUUUUCUCUUCGAACUGAGCAAGACGGUGCUGCGCUGCAGCGGGAGCCUGGCCAGAGACUCCUUCUCCGGCCUUUCGACAGAUAUGCAUGACUACGGUUUAAUCAUCGAUGGAGCUGCGCUGUUCUUGAUAAUGAAGCCCCGAGAGGAUGGGAGCUCCUCAGGCAACUACAGAGAACUCUUCCUGAAGAUCUGCAGGAACUGCAGUGCAGUGCUGUGCUGCCGGAUGGCACCCUUGCAGAAGGCCCAGAUUGUUAAGUUAAUCAAAUUUUCAAAAGAGCACCCUAUUACCUUAGCGAUCGGUGACGGUGCAAAUGAUGUCAGUAUGAUCCUGGAGGCGCACGUGGGCAUAGGCGUCAUCGGGAAGGAGGGUCGCCAAGCUGCAAGGAACAGCGACUAUGCAAUACCCAAGUUUAAGCACUUGAAGAAGAUGCUUCUUGUUCACGGGCAUUUUUAUUAUAUCAGGAUAUCUGAGCUUGUGCAAUACUUCUUUUAUAAGAAUGUCUGCUUCAUUUUCCCUCAGUUUUUGUACCAGUUCUUCUGCGGAUUUUCACAGCAGACUUUGUACGAUACUGCGUAUCUGACUCUCUACAACAUCAGCUUCUCUUCCCUCCCGAUUCUCCUGUACAGCCUUAUGGAGCAGCACGUGGGCAUUGAAGUGCUCAAGAGAGACCCAUCCCUGUACAGAGACAUCGCCAAGAACACGCUGCUCCGCUGGCGGGUGUUCAUUUACUGGACGUUUCUCGGCGUCUUUGACGCUUUGGUAUUUUUCUUCGGUGCUUAUUUCAUGUUUGAAAACACAACCGUGACCAGCAACGGACAGAUAAUGACCACCAACACAAGCAUGGUAAGACACCCUGGGUUUGUCCUCUCUGUGUUUCUGGAAGCUCCUCAAGCUGAACAGAUCAGGAGUCUCUAUCAGUUUGGGGAGCCGGACCCCUUUGACAAUCUGCAAUACUUCUGA